UUACCAUUGGUUUAUUUCAGAUAAGCCGCAAAAAGUAAGCCAAUCAGGAGGCACCUUUUACGUUUUGAAGCGUUUCUUUUUCCCCCCCCUAAUAAAAUGUCCGCCAACCAAAACCGCGGGAGAAACGAUACGAGAUAAAUAAAUCACUUAUUUUGCGCCGAAAUAACCAAGUACGGAGUAAAACUCUACGACAAUAAUAAACGACGCAUGUAAAUCACUGUAAAUAUUCAUUUUCACAUUCAUAUUCGGCAAAUAUCGCGAAAAACACCGAAGAAAAUGACGAGGUCAAGUGUUGAUGGCAUUGUAGAUGUCACUGGUUACCGAAGGCAGGAACAUGGGAGUAACUAUGGAGUAACUAAUAAUUUGUCUCUUGUCUCUUGAAUCGGGAUUGUUCGGAAUUCCGAAACCUAAACGUCGUAUUCUGCUGCGUGUGAACCGGGAGUGUAAUAUGAUGGUGGUGUGUUAGUGUGGCCGAUGGCAUAUUACUCGUGUGUGAAGUCUGGAGAAUGUAAAUAAGAAUAAUAUAUUUGAUGCAAACGCCGAUGUGGCUUGUAAAGAAAUCGGCGAAAUAAUAUCAGUUUUGCCUGAGAAAUUGAAAUUACGCUUACAACAGUGUAUCCCAAGUCUCAUUGAAAUCUGAAUAUUUGCGUAACGUUUAAUAACACAGCGUUGCUCUCUGAUAAUAAACUACAUAAAACAUGAUGUUUCGGGUUGCUAUCAACAGAAAAACUCUGCCAUAUCCUCCCUUGUCUCACUAUUUCGCGUGAGAAGUAAAAGAGGAAACAAUUAACCGCUCUAUCGUUAGUUACCGAUGAUUGUUGAUUAAACAACAAACUACUCGGCGCGAUAAUUGACGUACUUUCAACAAUAUAUUCAACUCUGAUCCAGAUUCGAGUUUCUUAGAUUUUGUCGAUCGAUUGGGUAAUUUUGCUCAACACCAUGAACGGCUUUAGCACCGGAGAGGAGGAUUCUCGAGGUGCUGCGGAUCAAAUAUGUUGCUUGGUAGAUGAAGGUGAACGAUGCACUCGUCCAACAAGCAAUGCUUCCUACAGUAAGAGGAUCCAAAACAAGGUCACUCAGAGACGACUCAAACUCAAUCUCGAUCAUAUGGCUCGCCACAUAUACAUUUGCGAAUACCACAAACAAGUUAUCUUGUGUGCGAGGUCGAAACAGCAACAGCAACAGCAACGCAGACGCAAGGAGUCGGAAGAGGAUUCGGGAGAAACCGAUAAUGAUCUACCAGAAGCUGACCUCUUUCAACUUCAAGUUGGUACUCUACGGCGCUACAAACGACACUACAAGGUUUCAACACGACCCGGACUAAACAAGGCACAACUAGCAGAUACACUCAUGAAGCACUUCAAGACAAUUCCUGUGGUGGAGAAAGAAGCGCUCACUUUCUUCAUUUUCACAGUCAAGACAAACGCAAAUAAGUUGGAUCAAAAAAAUGGAUUGAGCAGUGAGCCUACGUAGCCUGGACUGUGAUUUACAGAAUUUCUAUUCACUACAUUUAGUAGCACACAAAUGGGUAUAUAAUAAUUAAUUGGGUCGCUUUCGACAUCAAAUUGAGAUAGAUUUAUAACGCUAGAUGUAUGAAAAUAUAAAAUUAAAUGUGAUAUUGAUUUUUUCCUCAA